UCCCGCGGGUUUCCUGUCCGGCAGCGGCGAGCCGGGGGCGGGCAGGAAGGGAUGCGCUGCCCAGAAGGUGCGGGGGCGGGCCGCGCCCGGUCCCCAGUGCCCCCAGCCCUCCCGCUGCCCGCCCUUCCUGCGCCGUCGGGGGCGGGCCCGGGCGGGGCUGCGGGAGCGGCGCGCCGCGAAGCCUGGGCGCGCAGUCCCGCCGCGGGAUGCUCCGCGCUCUGCCUCGCGGCCCUUGAGGCCUCCCGCCCGCCUCGCCGCCUCGCCCGGCCGGCCCGGGGCUGCUGCACCCGCCAGUCCCGAAAGGUGUUUUUUUAAAAAAAUCACAAUUUGGAUGUGAAAAAGGACAUGAGGAGACUAAAGACCUGGGAUUUUGCUGAUCAGAAUGAAACCAAUGUUGAAAGACUUCUCAAAUCUAUUGUUGGUGGUGCUCUGUGACUAUGUUCUUGGAGAAGCUGAAUAUCUCUUCUUGGGAGAGCCAGGCCAUGUAGCGCUAAGCAACAAGACAGUGUCUGUGGAUUUCCAGUAUUUUGAUGGUGCUAAUGGGACGCUGAGGAAUGUGUCUGUCCUGCUGUUGGAGGCCAACACCAAUCAGACUGUUACCACCAAGUACCUCCUGACCAACCAGUCCCAGGGAACACUCGAGUUCGAGUGCUUCUAUUUCAAGGAGGCUGGCGAUUACUGGUUCACAAUGACUCUGGAAGUGACAGACAAUAGCACUCCAGUCUCCUGGUGGGAGAAAAGUGCCUUUCUGAAGGUGGAAUGGCCUGUCUUUCACGUUGACUUGAACAGGACCUCCAAGGCAGCAGAAGGCACCUUCCAGGUGGGCCUUUUCACCAGUCAACCACUAUGCCUGUUUCCUGUGGACAAGCCCGACAUCAUGGUGGACGUCAUCUUCACCAACAGUCUUCCCCAGGCCAGAACAAGCCCGGAGCAGCCGCUGGAGAUAAGAGCCAGCAAAAGGACAGAACUCACUCAAGGUCAGUGGGUUGAGUUUGGCUGUGCACCUGUGGGGCCAGAAGCCUAUGUCACUGUGGUGCUGAGGCUGCUUGGGCGAGACUCGGUCAUUACCUCCACGGGGCCCAUUGACUUGGCCCAGAAGUUCGGAUACAAACUGGUGAUGGUGCCAGAGCUCACGUGUGAGUCCGGCGUGGAGGUGAUGGUGCUGCCCCCACCGUGCAUCUUCGUCCAGGGAGUGAUCGCUGUCUUCAAGGACGCUCCUGGACACCCUAGGGGGCGGACUGUUCAGCUGGCCGAGAACAACCUGCCCCUGGGAGAGAGGAGAACAGUAUUUAACUGCACUUUGUUUGACAUGGGGAAGAAUAAAUACUGCUUUGACUUUGGCAUUUCAAGCAGAAGCCAUUUUUCUGCAAAGGAGAAGGAGUGCAUGCUAAUCCAGAGAAAUAUAGAAACUUGGGGACUGUGGCAGCCAUGGAGCCAGUGUAGCACCACAUGUGGGGAUGGUGUCAGAGAGCGUCGCCGCGUGUGUCUCACUUCCUUCCCCUCCAGACCUGGCUGCCCUGGAAUGUCCUCGGAGACCUCCCUGUGUUCCCUGGAGGAGUGUGCUGCUUUCUGGCCAUCUAGCCCAUCUCCUCUUCAGCCCCAGGUUCCAGUGAAGUCCAACAACAUCGUGACGGUCACUGGUAUAUCCUUGUGCUUGUUCAUCAUCAUCGCCACCGUGCUCAUCACGCUGUGGAGGAGGUUUGGCCGCCCCCCCAAGUGUAGCACCCCAGCUCGACACAGCUCUAUCCACUCCCCCGGCUUCCGGAAGAACUCGGACGAGGAGAACAUCUGUGAGCUGAGUGAGCAGCGCGGGAGCUUCUCGGACGGGGGUGACGGGCCCGCGGGGAGCCCCGGGGACGUGGGCAUCCCUCUGACCUACAGGCGGAGUGUGCCUGCCACCCCCGAGGACGAUGCCUCCGGCAGCGAGAGCUUCCAGUCCAACGCCCAGAAGAUAAUCCCCCCUCUGUUUAGCUACCGCCUUGCCCAGCAGCAGUUGAAGGAGAUGAAGAAGAAAGGUCUAACAGAAACCACCAAAGUGUACCACGUGUCUCAGAGUCCCCUGACGGACACUGCCAUUGACGCUGCUGCCAGCGCCCCCUUGGACUUGGAAAGCUCAGAAGAAGCGGCGGCAAACAAGUUCCGGAUCAAAUCCCCAUUUCUGGACCAGCCUGUGGUCAGUGCCGGGGAAAGGCCUCCCUCCAGGUUGGAUUUCAGUGUGUCUCAGGCCAGCUGUGCCGUCAGCCCCAGCCAGACCCUGAUCCGCAAGUCACAGAUGAGGCAUGUGGGCAGCAGAGGGGGCCCCUCGGAGAGGACUCACCCCAGGAAUCCCCACUUCAGGAGGACAGCUAGUUUUCAUGAAACCAAGCAAGCCCGGCCAUUCAGGGAGAGGAGCAUGUCCACUCUGACACCACGGCAGGCCCCUGCCUAUAGCUCCAGGACGCGGACCUGGGACCAGGCAGAGGACAGAUUUAGGCCUCAGAGUCGAAGUGCCCACAUGUUUCCUGAGAAACCGGAGCAUUCCCAAGGGGCAGGGGGAACCAGUGGUCCAUUAAGCCCUGUCCCUAGAUCCUACACCGUGGGACAGCCCUCAAGGAAACCGGACCUGGGGGAUCGCCAGGCAGGAUUAGUGGCAGGAGUUGAGAGAACAGAGCCUCAUAGAGCCCGCAGGGGACCGUCCCCAAGUCACAGGAGUGUCUCAAGAAAGCAGUCUUCCCCCACAUCCCCUAAAGAAAGCUACCAGAGGGUCAGUCCUCUGAGCCCUUCUCAAUGUAGGAAAGACAAGUGUCAGAGCUUCCCUGCCCACCCUGAGUUCGCCUUCUAUGACAAUUCCUCAUUUGGCCUCACAGAGGCGGAGCAGAGGAUGCUGGACCUCCCAGGAUAUUUUGGGUCAAAUGAAGAGGAUGAAACCACAAGUACACUUAGUGUGGAGAAGCUGGUAAUCUAGACCAAGAAUCAGACCAAGACUUUACACAGCUGGGCUGAGCUGCUCACAUUGUUCUGUGGACUGUUUUGUAUGACUAUUUGUGCUGUAGGACAGAAUGUGGGCAGGAAAUAACUCACACCAGAGGAUGAUGUGUGUGUACGCAUGUGUUCUAAUUCGUAAGGAAGAAGUUAUUUAUCCUGAAGUUUUCCCUUUUUUACCCCAUUUCUAUUGGUUUAUUAUUAAUAAUGAUAAUAAAAUUUAAA